CCGGCCCUCUCCUGCCGCCGCGCAUGCGUGCCCGCUCGAGCAUGCGUAUCCGUGCGGAGAGGCGCGGGCCUGGCUCCCGGCGAUGUGAGCGCUCAACGUUAGCGGCCCGUCCUGCGUCGGGCCGUUGCCGCCAAAAUUGGAUGGAUUUUAGUGGAUUCUGAAGUAUGACAUCAUGGCAAGAUUUCGCAGAAGAACAUGCAUCAUUUUGUUGCUUUUUAUUUUAUUUAUUUGCUCCAUAAUGAUGGCUUUGAAGACUCUGAGACCUGACAGAGCUGGCUUUGGGGACCCAUUUGGACUUGGUUUAUUACCUGAGCUUCAACAACGGACAGAGCUCUUAGAGAGUAAACGAAGUUCCCUGAAUAAGGUUCAAGGGGAUACUGUAACACAGACCAGUAACAUGCAUGCUGCCGUGGUCAAUACUAUGAAAGCAUCCAUUCCUUCUGCGAACAAAUUGGAAGGAGAGCUGUCUUCUCCUAAUUAUAACUUUCACGUGUUCUAUUAUAGUUGGUUUGGGAAUCCACAGUUUGAUGGUAAAUACAUUCAUUGGAACCAUCCGUUGUUGCCACAUUGGGAUCCCAAAAUUGCAAACAAUUAUCCAAAGGGAAGACAUAAUCCUCCUGAGGACAUUGCAGCCAAUUUUUAUCCUGAACUUGGAUCUUACAGUUCCAAAGAUACUUCUGUCAUAGAAGCUCACAUGAAACAAAUGCUUUCAGCUUCAAUUGGUGUAAUAGCACUUUCAUGGUACCCACCGGGUAUGGCUGAUGAAAAUGGAGAACCAACUGAUGAUUUGGUGCCUAUUAUUUUGGAUUAUGCAAGCAAAUACAAUCUAAAGGUCACUUUUCAUAUUGAGCCCUACAAAGAUAGAGAUGAUCGCAGUAUGUACCACAAUGUCAAAUACAUCAUUGACAAAUAUGGAGCCCAUCCAGCCUUUUACAGGCAUAAGACCAGCACAGGCCGAUCUCUUCCCAUGUUUUAUGUUUAUGAUUCUUACGUAACAAUUCCUGAAAUAUGGGCAAAUCUGUUAACUGUAUCUGGAUCCCAGACUAUUCGAAAUACUCCAUAUGAUGCGUUAUUCAUUGCUCUUCUUGUAGAAGAAAAACACAAACAUGAUAUUCACAGAAGUGGCUUUGAUGGAAUGUACACGUACUUUGCCACAAAUGGGUUCUCUUAUGGCUCAUCUCAUCAUAAUUGGGCAAGUUUAAAAGCCUUUUGUGACAGCAACAACUUAAUGUUUAUUCCAAGUGUGGGACCAGGAUAUAUCGACACCAGUAUCCGACCGUGGAACAACCACAACACCCGUAAUCGUGUCAAUGGAAAAUAUUAUGAGACUGCCUUUAAUGCAGCCCUUUUGGUGAGACCAGAAAUUAUUUCCAUUACAUCUUUCAAUGAAUGGCACGAGGGUACGCAGAUUGAAAAAGCUGUCCCCAAAAAGACUGGACAAAUAGUUUACCUUGAUUAUAAGCCCCAUAAACCAAAUGUUUACCUAGAGCUCACUCAGAAGUGGUCUGAGAAGUACAGAAAAGAAAAAGAGCAGUGGCUUAUGUGAGCUAUUUCUACUGCAGUUGUUUCUUAGCAUAUUGAAUACAGUGAGAAAGAAAUCGAGAGCUGAAGAAUCUGUUAUGAAAUGCCUUUAUUGUGGGUAUGUUUAAAUCACUACAUCGCAUUAAUUUAAAUGCACUACUACUGAAUUGUGAAGAGCAAAAAAAGUGUGAGAAUAUUGGCAUCUCUCUCAUUGGUUACUGUAGUUCAAGAAUGCUUUAUUUUAAUUAAUAAUUUGCAUGCUGAGCUUCAAGAACAUCUGCAUGGGAUAACUACAUGACUGAAGUAGUACUAAAAUUUGACAGAAACUUGGAUACUUUAUUCGUGUUCUUCUGUUUCUAAUCUAAGUGAUCCUUUAAGCUAAAUUUAAUCUCAAUAGCUUGCUUUUUGCAGGAUGCAUGUCAGUAGCGUGUGGACUAAUCUACAGCUACUGUUUUUAUGCUUUGCACAUUGGGAGCUCUUGAUUAUAUGGUUAUUUUGUGGUAAAAAAAACACUGUAUGUAUGUCUGAUGCAACAUUGGUGAGUUUUCAUUCUUAAAUAUAUUUGAAUGUUUGAGUACUACUGAAAUAUUUCUAGUUUACUUGUAUUUGUUCUGUUCAGUACAUGCUGCAUACUUUUGCACGUUACUGGAAUGCUGACCAGUUUGCAUAGGUUUUUCUAUGUCUGAACAUUAUAAAAAAAAACAAAGAAAUCUCAACAACCAACCAAACAAAACCACAACAAAAAUUGAGAGUGGGAAAAAAAUAUAUAUAAAAAUAAAGGAAUAAAGUAACUAUAGUUAUGUUAUCUGUUGACUACAGAAACAGAUUUAGUUUGCUUUUAAAAACAUCAAAAAUUCUAAUGCUAAUUAGACUUUGCCAGUCAUACAAUAAAUGUAAUUUUACGCUUUUUCAUUUAUAAUUUUGGGGGCAGUGUAGAUAGAUAGCAGUGACAUCAACUACGCAUCACUUCAGUUUGAAGUCAGAUUUCUAUUUUCAUGUGUUUCCAAAAUCCCGAAGAGUAGAUAGUAAAGUCAUGUUAGUGAUCGAGUAAGCUGCUUAAUACUAUUUCGAACAAUGUGGUGUGCCUGGAAAUUAGUUCUUUUUAGACCUGAGAGUCUCACCUUUUGAUUGUAGUUACUACUAUUAUUUGUUUUUCUUACUGCAGCUUGAAAAUAUCAAAUUGCAUAGAUGUGAAUCUGUUUCAAGAAUCUGUUUCUGGAAGGGGAGUUUGCUGGGGGAAGGGAACAUGGACUUCUAAAUGUGACUUUACAGGAGAACAGUAGACAUUAAAUUAUUACAGUAUACAUUUAUUUGCAGCGAGUGUGUAAUCUGUAACAAAGUGGCUUUAUAAAAAAAAAAAAAAGCUUAUCUUGCUCUGUAGUUAAUAUACGGUAACUGUUGUAACCACUAGAAUCCUCUCAAUUUCAGCAGGAUCUUCUUGGUUCUUCUUCCUUGGUUAAUUGUACUGCUCUGUCCCUGAAGUUGUAAGGCAGAUGUGAGAAUUUGUGGUUAAAAAAGAAGAUGACAAACGAAAGAAAAAUAUACUUUUUUUAUUCCAAACACUUGUGUCAUUCCAAAUAAACAUAAAUAAGUUAUUACAUGGGUUGUUCCGAGACUAAUGUCUCCUGUUUGUUUCCAUGGAAACUACAACAGAUACAAAGAGCACAGUAUAACGCUAUUUGACAGAGUAAAUUCUCAGCUAAAAACACCGCUUUUCAACGGUGUCACCACUAUCAGCUAUGUAUUUUGGCCCAUGAUGAACAGGAUCCUGCGUGUCACAUCAUAAAAGUCUGCAGCAGUAGAGGUGACCUGCUGCUGCUGAAAUGCCUCGCUCUGCUCACAUCCACUGUUAGGUCUGCACGGGUGUUCAGCAAGCAUUGAUGCUUGUCAGUGGUUGCCAUUUUUCUGCACAGGGGAACUCAAUGACAGACCUUUGUUUCAUGCACAUUUCCAUAUUGGAUGCCAUUCUGUCAGACUAUCCCUCUGCUGCCAUCUGUCAUAUGGUAACAGAAUAUUAUGAGAUGUUGACAGGAAGGAUCAACCUCUGUUGCCAUAACAGUGACAUCUGUCUCUGACAUUGAUGGCCAAUGUGUAAUAGGAGACAUUACUUUUGGAGCAGCCCUUGUACAGUAUUUUUGAGUCCUUCUGUUAUAAAAAAAAAUGUUUGUGUAUGUACACUUACUUGCAAAUUAAUUCUCAUCACUUGUCUGCAAUUAUUUAAAGGUUGAGGUAUCUCACACCUAUCUCAGCUCAGCUUUUUUUUCAAGAAAAAUAAUGUGGAAAUUGGGUUACAGAUGUGUAACUUGGCGUUUUAAAGUGUCCUUCUGGAGUUACUACAUUCUUAGUAGUAUUAAUUCUUUGCAUUUUCCUGCUGCAUCUCUGCAAACUUAAGGGUGUUUCUAACAGAAAUAUUUGCUAAAGCUUAUUUUGCUUCAGUUGCACUCAGGUGGACAAGCUAAAGAAGAUACGGCAAUGACCACUUCUAUAAAAUAGAGUCUGAAACAUUUAAAGCACUUGUUAAUAGUUUACCACUUUCAUGUGAACUCCUCUCUGUUUAUUAAGGAAAAUUGUGGAUACAUCUUUACUGUAACUCCCUGGUAUAGCUAUACACAAUUUGUUUUUAUAAUUUUGAUACCUUUAAGCUUUGCAGUCCAGAGAGCCCAUGUAUUUGGUGGAGUGACUAACUGCGUGGCAUAUCUAUAUUGAACAUAUUAUUUAAAAAUUGUUCUGAAUUCUGACCUUUUUCAAGAUCAAAUCUUUUUCGCUUCUUAAACUUUGCUAUCCAUUCUUUUGUCACUGUAGUUGUUUGCACUGUUUACUAGUCAAAAGACUGUUUACUAGUCACUCAGCUUCAAGCUCCUCACUUUUUUGCCAGUGACGGCUUUUAUCCAUGUCUGUAAAAGCUGCUUCUUUUGUUGCAGUUUAUGGAAGCAUUUGAAAUUUUUGUGCAGUGUUUUACAGCUGCGAUAAUCUGUCUUUGUUUAAAAUAUAAGUUAUGGUAACAGCGUAGAGUAUCUUCCUUAGAAAAACUUGUGUGGUGGCUGCAAAGAUAGCAUUUAGCUCUUGAUACGAAGUGAUAUAAGCUGUGAUGCACAGGUGUCUAAUGUGAUCUUUAGAAGAAUGUAAGAAUUUCUCAAAAUAUGAAAUAAAGGAGUACUUAGAAACUUCUCACUACUGAGUAGUUACUGUAUUUUUAUGUGCUUAAUAUGCUUUUAAGUCCAAAUAUGCCACAUGGAAAAAACAUACUGCUGAGAGCAGAAAUGAAUUUGAAGAGAUCUCUUGGAAUAGCAGCUACUAGAACUACCCUACCUGCCUACCCAAUAUUUUUUCUAUGCUUGGAGCAAAAAUCACUGCAAGUACUGGAAUAAGAAUUAGGUUUCUGCUGAUAGAUUACUACUGCAAUCAUAAUCAGACUUUGACAUUCUUCUGCACGUUUAGAGAUACCUAAAGUUACUCUGUCCCUAGAAGGAAAACAUGUAUGGUCUCUGAGGCAGCAAGCCUUAGUGGUAAGAGGGUACUUAAUUUCAAAGGAAACUCUGGGUUCAUUUCUGCUUCUGUCAGUUGUGGUCAAGUAAAUUGUUUCAGUUCUGCAAGCUGUCUGAGAAGUGAAGCUCAAUACAUCUCUGAAAGCAGGCUUUGUAUUAUCUUGCAUGGAUCUAUAAACUAGUACUGAGUAUUAAGGGAAACAGUAUGUGCAUAUGUUGUUACUAUUUCAGUGCAACGCAUAAAUUACGGUGAAUACAGAUUCUGUACCAGGGUAUAUCGUGUUUGCCUAGUGCCUUUCUUUUCACAGUGAUUUGUCUCUUAACAGGUUCUGGAAACAGAAGGAUGUUUAUUUUUAUUAUGAAACUUUAUAUAUACACUGUACAUAAUUUGAAUUUUAUUUUACACGUGGCUCUUGGAAAAGGUUUUACAGGAGUAUGUGUUUUUAGCACUGUGGUGAUAGCAGAAUGUAUCUCUGUGCACAUGGGCAGGGCUGCUGUUGUUGUAUUUUUAUUUUGUGGUGGUGGUUGCUUUUUAUUUUAAUUAUCAUUAUUUUUAAUUGAAUCUAGUGUACCCAGAUCCUAAAGAGGAAGUAAACUAUUUGCAACCUAAUAGCCAUUUUAAGAUCACUUGAAAGUGUCACUGCCAGCCUUAAGGGAGUUUUUAAGUAUUGAUCCUCAGCCUUCUACUUGCUUACAUUAGUGUCUGUAUUUCACCUUUUUUUUCUAUUACUUCUGACCACUACGUUAAAUGCUGUGUAAACUUCUGAAAUGUUUUUAUUUCUCAAUUUCCUUAAGAAAAUCUAGAACAAAAUUAGCAGUGCAAAAGAACCUCCUACAAGUUUUGUGCUGUACAGAUAUGAUUUUGUUGUGAAUGAAUAGAGUAUCUUGGUUGUAUAUUAAACAUGGAUUAAAUAAAAUAACUUGUUUCUUCUAAUACCCUACCUGACUGUUGCAGGGAUGCAUUUGCUUACGUGCAUAUGUAAAACAUGUGUUUCUCUGUGUAUAUUAUAUAAACAUACAUAUGUAUCUGUAUGUGUGCAUAUAGCUAAAGUAAUUAUUUUUUUAAGUACUAUGUCAUUGAUUUAAAAUUGUAAGUUAGGUUUGGCUACAUUUUACUCAAGAAAUGUUUUUAAUUCCCUGUGGAGUUUACAAAAAAAAAAAAAAAAGUUGGUUCUGUAUGAAUAUGAUAAUGAAAAAUAAACACGUGCCCAAAAAGUGUGGCUUAAAUAGUUUGA